CGAGAUUCCAUUCUUCCUUUGAACCAAAGCAAGCACUGGCUUUAUUGGGCAGUAAAACAUAAAUACAACAACGGAUUCAACUACCGACUGGACGAACGGGGCGGCUGCAAGAAAGUCAAAAAAGUUCAGCUGCAGUUUCUGACAAUCCCUCCUUUUUUCCAAGGUAUGUCAUGCUGAAAGUGGUGGUAGCAUUAGAAGGAGGAUGUGUAGACCGAUGGAAUCGAUGGAUGGAUAGAUGUGUAGAUGGAUGAGCGUAUUUCUGGAUAGAUUGGAGGAUAAUAUGCAGCUUGUGAUUUUCAUGACCGAGAUUUGAUCAGUACUAAUGUUGAAUUUCCCUUGACAUUGAAUUUCCAUAGUCGUGAGCUAUGGUUCGUUACGCUGCAACUCCGGCCAACCCUGCUAAGGCUGCCAAGUCCCGAGGUUCUUACCUUCGUGUGCACUUCAAGAACACCCAUGAGGUCGCCGCUGCCAUCAAGGGCUUGAAGUUGAGCAAGGCUUACAGCUACUUGCAAAACGUCAACGAGCACAAGCAGGUCAUUCCUUUCCGUCACUUCAACGGUGGUGUCGGUCGCACUGCUCAGGCCAAGGAAUUCAAGGCUACUCAGGGUCGCUGGCCCGUCAAGUCGGUCAAGUUCGUCACUGACCUCUUGAAGAACGCCGAAUCGAACGCCGAGGCCAAGGGCUUGAACGUUGAGGAACUUUACAUUUCCAGCAUCAUUGUCAACCAGGCCCCCAAGCACCGUCGCCGUACCUACCGUGCCCACGGUAGAAUCAACCCCUUCAUGACCUCGCCUUCCCACAUUGAGGUUAUCCUCACCGAGAAGGAGGAGACCGUUGCCAAGGCUUCCGAGAACAAGGUCGCUCGUUUGAACAAGCGUCAGUUGGCCCGCAACGCUCGUCUC